AUGUCAGGCCCACUCGUGUCUUUAGUCGGGAAAAGAAUUCUAGCAGAAUCGGCACGAAACCAUUUUGGAACAGAGGAUCCAUAUUUCGAGGAAGUUCCGGCCUCACGUCUGCACCGCGUAUUCGGCAAAAAGACUCAAAAGCGGCGCAAGGCAGUACCACCGGGUCUGUCUGAAAAUGAUCAGAAAGUCCUUACCCAAGUGAAACGCAGGGCAUAUAGACUAGACUUGUGUCUGUUCAGCCUGUGUGGCAUCCGAUUUGGCUGGGGCAGUGUGAUUGGCUUGAUCCCAUUUGCCGGCGAUGCUGUCGAUGCAGCACUUGCGAUGAUGGUGGUAAAUACGUGCGAGAAGAUCGACGGGGGGCUUCCGACACGCCUCAGAAUGAUGAUGCUGAUCAAUGUCAUUAUUGACUUCGCCAUCGGUCUCGUGCCCUUCGUGGGGGAUCUUGCCGACGCCAUGUACAAGUGUAACACAAGAAAUGCUGUUAUGCUGGAGAAACAUUUGAGGGAGAAGGGAGCCAAGGCGCUUUCGAAACAGCGAAGACGUCAAGAGAAUGAUACAGAUCCAAGUCUGCCCGACGAAUUUGACAAAUAUGACCAGAUGAUGGUGGAUGGUCCUUCAAGGCGCGAAAGCCAUAGACAUCACAGCAGGCAUCGCAGCAGGCAUCGCAGUAAGACCCGCCAAGCAACGAAUGAGCCAGCACAUCAAUCCCACGACAACCGAAAGCAUACCAAAUGGUUCGGUGGAGCCUCCCAUCGGGAGCAUGACCUCGAAGCUGGAGUCGUCGACAACUCUCAGAACCGUACGUAA